AUGUUCUCUUCGUCAAGGCAUAUUGGACGUACUUUCUCUUCAAAACAAACAAAAUACUAUUUUAAGACACGUGAGCGCUCAUUCUAUACGUUAUUUAACAAGGAAAAGAUACAAAAGUUAAGUAUCGAACACGUACCAACACCACUUUUGUGUUCCAUACGUUUAAUUAUUGCAUUUAUUGGAUUUUUUGGAAUGAUCAUACAUUUUUCACAAAAGAGUAAUGUUAGUAUUGCUCUUGUCUGUAUGGUUAAUCAUUCUGCUAUUGACUCUCGUUAUGUGAACACUACUUCGCCUUCAAACGUCAUCAACUCUAACGAAUGUUCACAAAUCAAAAAACAACAUAAUACCGAUGGCCCUUUUGUUUGGUCGAAAGACACACAAGGUCUGAUUCUGGGCGCUUAUUUUUGGGGUUAUAUCAUAACACAGAUACCCGCUGGUUAUUUAGCUAAUCGUUUCGGUGCUCGAUUCAUAUUUAGUGCUGCAAUAUUUGUAUCAAGUUCAGCCACUUUGCUUGUACCGAUCAGUGCGAGAGUGGAUUGGAUUAUAUUUGCCGUUCUUCAAAUAAUUAUCGGAGUUGCUCAUGGAACCAUUUGGCCAUGUUUAUUAGUAACGGCGUCAAACUGGAUACCUACUCAUGAGCGGGGAAUGUUGAUGAGUAUUAUCACUACAGGAAGUCCAGUAGGUAAUAUAUUCGCUCUGUCGACUGGUGGUUUAAUGUGUUCAUGGAAUUUCCUUGACGGUUGGCCUUUGAUAUUUUAUACGACAGGAAGCAUGGGUUUGAUAUGGAGCUUGGUAUGGAUUUGGUUUUAUAGAAAUUCGCCAACAAGUCAUCGUUUUAUCAGUUCCACGGAAAAAGAUUUUAUUCUGCAACAUACUCAACAUCGAUUGUCAAAGAAUAAGAAUGAUGAUGACGGCAAUGCUAAAUUUCACGCACCUUGGCGAGCUAUUUUUACAUCUCGUGCAUGCUGGGCAUUAUUCAUCAUCCAUACAUGUUCUAACUACGGAACAUAUACAUUUCUCACCUCCAUUCCGAGUUACAUGAGUGAUGUUCUAAAAUUCGAUGUUAAAUCUAAUGGAAUACUUUCAGCGUCGCCUUAUUUUGGUAUAUGGUUGAAUACGUUAUUCACAGGUGCCAUCGCUGAUAGGAUUAUUCGAAAGAGGAUUUUGACUAUAACACAUACUAGAAAAUUGUUCAGUUUUCUCGGAAGCAUUCUUCCAGCAGUUAUACUCGUUGGUUUAGCAUUUUUAACAUGUCAGUCAAAAUAUUUUGCCGUCCUUCUUCUAAUUAUUGGAAUGACAGUGAAUGCAUUCUCCUUCGGUGGAGGUUUCCUAUUAGUUGCAAAUGACAUUGCACCAGCUUAUGCUGGAAUAGUCUUUGGCAUUUCCAACACAUUCGCUACACUCCCUGGUAUCAUCAGUACAUAUGUAGUUGGUGCUCUUACGGAUAAAGAUCCAGGCAAUUGGCGAAUCGUGUUUUUUAUUUGUUCAAGUAUUUAUGUGUUUGGAACCGUUAUAUUUUUGCUGUUUGGCUCGAGUGAGAUACAACCUUGGGCGAUGAAGCACGUGCAUAAUGAUGAAGUCAGCCAUGAUCUUCUGUCUAAACAAAGUGAACAAUCCUCAUUAAAAACGAUCGUUAAAACAUGA